ACGGAUGAUGAUCUUGAUGAAGCUUUACAGCAAGCAGAGCCGGAACCGGCGGAAGAUCCCGAGUCCGAAGCAACGGAUACGGGAACGGUGAAGCGUGCGAACGCUACUCAAAAGUCCAGCUACGUGAGUGGAGCGGUAGGUGGCGAGGAGAUCGAUGAUGAUUUAUCGUUGCAGAUCCUCGAAGGACACUACAUGCCUAUGACACCGCGGAAAAGCUUCAUCAGUGGGGCCACCAGUUUGACCACACUGUCACCACCGCCAUCGCGCAAUAACAGUGGCCACGCCGAACAACAGCCGACGGGUGCGUCCGCCGGAAAGUUGCGACCGAGCGAAAGCCUGACGGCCAUGGAUAUACUGAACUCGAUACAGAAAAGCACGAGCAACGAGAUGCAGAUAUGUGGCAGUGUGGCAGCAGGGGCACACGAUGAGAACACGUACAUCGAGAUGACGCGGGGUACACUCGGGAAGAGUGUGUUUGCGGACGAGCUACGGACGAGCACCACGUACGAGGUAAUCAUGGUACCGCCAACCGGUGGCAUGAAAACCAAAUGGAGCACCAAUCAGGAAGCGAACCAGGACUCACCGAAUCGAACGCCGGACGCGGCAACGGAACCACUGUACAUGGAGCUUUCACAGUUGCAGAGCAGAAGCGUCAGCAGCAGCAGUGAAGCGACUGUCGGCAAAGUGAGCAAUCUGCGCCCGGGCUCGUCGACACCGGUGAAUGCGCGGAUUGAAAAGUUGAAGAAAACACAAAACACUGAUGGUGGUGGUGGUGGUGGAGCAGCUGGUGCUGCUGCUGCUGCCGUCGCCGCCUCCAAGCUGGUGGUUGGUCCCGCCACUGGUGGCAAGAAGAAGAAAAAGGAUAAGAACAACUGGCCCGACAUACUGAUGCAGUCGAGCAAGAGUGACGAAAGUGCGAGCGAUUCCGAUGCGUACGAUAAGAUUGUGGAAGACAAACGGAAGAAGAAACCAAACACCCUCGCGAGUGCCGCUAGCGUUACCGGCACUGUAACAACAAAGGAAAAGAAAGGCAAAGCGUCUCCGGCUUCGGCCAUCAUGGCCGCAGACCACCAAACCCGGAUCGGUGCGUCGCGAUCACGCUUUAGCCUUUCGGAUACGUUCCGGCCGGCAUCGUACUAUCUUGGGGCGAGCGGUGGGAGUGGAUCGACGCACGGUACCGGUGCCACCGCAUUCGACACACUGCUGGACAGCUCGGACAGUGAAAUUAUGUCACCACCACCGAUACCGAUCAGCUCGGUACCAUCGGACGAUCCCGACGGGGGGGACGGCGAGUAUCGGGGAGUGCGGCGGCGUGAAAAGUUCCGCUCGAACGAAGCGAUCAGUGAUCUGAUCAAAAGCCAUGCCCCCGAGAAGCGCCAAUCGGUGCAAAGUCUGGUGAUAGGCAGCAGCCACAGCAGCGUCGUGGGUCACUUUGGUGGUGGCAAUCUGGCGUACUCGCGGCGUGAAAGUGGUAGCAUCUCCUCGAAUCGAUCGAGCCUGCGCAGUGGUUCGCAGGGAUUGCUCGCCACUGUUGUGGGUAAACAGCAGCAGGUACCAGGAAGCACUAGCAAUUCACCGAUCGUGCUCGAUCGGUACGACGGGGUGUCGAAUGCUUCCUCGGAGUAUGAGGUACUGCGAGAGGGUUGCGCUACGCUCAGGGGAAUGGACCAGGGAUCGAAUGGUGCCGCGGGAGCUGGUGGUGGUGGUGGUGGACUGGACAGUCUGUCGGUUCGCAGCUCCAUGACACUCUCGGAAACGAGUGGUUCGAUCGAGUGGCGCAGCCGUUCCUGUAUGGAUGUUUCGAUGCGAAACAAACGCCGUCCGAUAUCGGGCAGUUCGGUCAACUGUCCGAUUGAGCAGGCACUCGAUGGGAUUGCACCGGCGGUGGCUGACUUUUAUGCGCCCAACAACUCCUCAGGCGGUGCUGGUUCUCGGCUGGAGACGCAGUUUACUCGUUAUCUCGCUAACCUAAACCACGAUAGGGUGAGUGAAAGCGUGCAGGACGGUAGCAGUACGGCUACGGGCGCCGAAGAGGACGAAUACGGGAUGGCUGCCUCGAACUAUUCACAGAAUGGACACGAUAACAGUAUUUACUACGAAAAUGUCGACAUUAUGUCGGGCUCGGUGCGUACGAGUGAUGGCAGUAGCGUCAACAGUAGCACGAUACUGAGUCCGCUGCGUGAGAAGAACCUUUCGCUGCAUGAUGCACGCUGCCAGUCGGAGUACCUGAGUACGGUCCAUGAGGGUCAUAGUUUGGAGUUGGUGGCAGCGGCUGCUGCAGCUGCCGCCGCAACGAUCGACACCGCAUCGUUGUCAUCCGCCAUGGAUCUCGAUCAGCGCAGCUCCUGUACGGUGCGGUUCGAUUAUGAUCGGUCCAAUCAACCGACCAUCGGUGGAACACCGACGGCAGAACCGGGCGCGUACCAUCACCAUCACAGUCGCAACAACAGUACGCUAUCGUCCGAGUGUGCCCCGUACUACUAUUCUGAUUUGCAGGGAC